CCGAAUUAAUGUUGAUCGGAGGUUCGUCGUUAGAAAAAAAUAUGGUGUGCAGGUUUAACGAUACCAUCACUUAACACGAUCGUUUCAUCGAUCGUAGACGAUCGAUUAAACGUAAUAGUAAGCGUGUAUGCGAGGUGCCUUUUUUAAAUGCAAAAUCGAAAUUGCUUUUUAUAAUACAUGCGUAGCGGCCAAGUAGAGAAACGAGUGGCGGUAAAGGCGGUUAGCAGAAAAGGACGAAUAGCGCAACACCCCGGGGAGAAAGGACUGUAGUACCGUAAACACAGCGGAGACAACAGAUAUCUAUAGAGGAAAAAGGAGAGGGAAAAGAAGCCUCGACAAUGAAGGAGCACGGAAGCAAACUUCCGGUGGAGCAGCCUGCGAAGAUUCUCAAGUCCCUGUUGAAAAAACCCGGACAAUCUAAGAACAAAUCGCAGAAGAAUCGAGUUGUAAUAAAUGAAAAGUUAAAUGAAUUCUUCGCGGCGGAUUAUAUAAUACUGAUAAAGGAGGAAUGCUGUCCCGAUUACGAAGAAGACUGCGAUUGUUGCUGUCAGGAGCACGAAUUUUUACGGCUAGGAAAUUGCAAAGAGUGUAGAGCCGAAUUAAAUCUCCAUUUCGGUAUCUCGGACGAUAACGUUUCGCCAUACCGUGGCGUGGAAAGGGACGAAGAGAUAACACUCGGAAGAAACCCUGUCAAAGGAACGAGUUGCAACGAUGAACGUUUUGGUUGUACGGAAUUGCACGAUGACGAAGAGGAGGAACAAGAUGAAGAAGAAGAGGAAUACGGAAUAGACGGAGAUGGCGAUGAAAUAGAUGAUCGAGAAGAAGAGGAGGUGGACGAUGCGAUAGAAGAAGAUGUAGAUAGAAAGGAGGGAAACAGAGAAUCGGAAACUAAUGAACGAGAAAUUGAAAUAGCGAAAGAGGUGGAUAUGGUGCUAAAGACGGACGCGCGAGAUAAACAUAAGCGAGAAAGAAUCGACGCAGGUAGGGGAUACGAUAGGAAUCGAAAGCAUAUAGCGUUAGCUAAUAUUCGCGAAACGAACGCACGUAUUAUUCCGUCAAUAUCAACGGCAACGUCAUCAACGUUGCUUCAGUCGUCUUCGCCACCACCGGUACCGUCAUCACCGCCGCCGCCGCCGCCGCCGCCGCCGCCGCCGCCGCCGCCGCCGCCGCUUCCGCCGCCUCCUCCUCCACCACCGCCGACCUUAGAUGGGACGAUAUAUUCAUCGUCGCCUCCACGGCAAGAGCAUCAGCAACAGGAAACACUAAGCCCACCAGAGGGUUACAAAGAUGUUUGUUCCGAUGGUGAAUUUUCCGUCGGGACGACGCAUUGCUCGCCACCAACGUUUGAUCAUCUCCGAUAUCAACAAACUCCAGGUGCAGAAAUCGAAGACGGUUCGCAGCACGAUCAUAAAAUGGCUGUUACAGAGGACGACGAUAGCGUUGGAAACGGAAAGAGAAUCAAUGAACAAUUGCAACGAACGACAUCUACGGAGGGACGGCAUCGUUAUCUCGUGGAGACGAUAACCAUGACAACUGUCACAGAACGACGAAUCGUGCGAGAAAUCAGUGAAGAAAAGGAAUGUAUUGUCCGGCGGGAAGAUACGAAUCGAUCCAACGACGUUAAAACGAGCGAUAGGGAAAACGUCGCCGAAACAGUUACUACUGCUUCUCACGAGAUUGUCAACAACGAUGUUAGCGAGUCGGUCGAACGUAUUGCCCGUUGCGAGGAAACUUUACCGAGUCCCAACACUGCCGAUAAAUAUAACGAAAUACGACAAUCGAUGUCAACGAAACCAGUGACUAACGAAGAGAUCGAAGAUCACUCCAAGGAGGAUCGUCUCACCCGAAACGAAACAACGUCAUCGGAGAUAAAGGAGCUCUCUCUUGUAUUCAAAAUCGGCAAUUCUUCCUUAGCAGGUAACAGUUUGAAACCAAAUUCUGCCGUCAGACAAUUAUUUCCUAAUCCAAAGUUCGUUUCGCCGCCCCCGGCCCCUCCUGGUAAGUUAUCUAUUUCUUUGACAAAUUCUCCUAAUGACUUGGACGACGAUAGUUUCGGGCUUCUCGUUACUACUGAAAAUUCACGUUUACUCGAUGCCGUGAAAAGAUCGAAAACUUUGGAGAAUCAGAGCAAUUCCAAUUCCUUCGACGGCGAAUCCAAUCUAGUUAAAAGAACGAUAGAAAGGAAUACGCUGCGAAGAAGUCUCCUCGAGAAGUACCGUUCAACCUCUCGAAAGAAGAACCCUCCUUCGAAGCGUUUAUCCUUGGAGGAACGAAUUCGCCAACUCACUUGCGUGGAUCAGGAUGAGGACGAAUCAGUCUGUUCAAAUUCGCCAAAAAUUGCAGAUUCUACAAUUUAUACAGAAAUUCCAGCCGACUUACUGGAACGCGGAUCACCGUCGGGCCAAGAGGAAACUUCGUUACCACCGACUUUACCAACACCGGUACCGAUAACUUCAGAAUUCGGUGAAUUAUCCGAUGCAACGAUAUCAACCACCGCAGCAUCGUCAACGACUACGACAUUUUUAGCUUCGAAUUCGUCGUUUACAUCUGUAACCACAACGAUCACGGCUUCGAAUUAUCAUAAGCAGAACUCCUUAAAUGGAUGUGGCGGAGGUGGUUGUGGGAGUUCAGCGUUUGUCCCGGAUCAAUCGCACAGUCAAUCGACGUAUAAGAAGCUAACCGACUUGUUUGUACACAAGAAAAAUUCAAACAUGCCGGAUCUUGGUCUAGGAAAUAAUAAUGGGAAACAUAGCAACAUGGUCAAAGAGUGUCAGCAAUCCAAGAAUUCUAUGAUAAAGACACAUAACUUGGACGUACGUAAACAAUUCUUGGCCAGUUUAGCACCGUUAUCGUGCGUAACCGUAAAUAACACGGAUACUCAAGAAGAUUAUUAUCGUCAAGAUUCUAGAACGAUGAUCAACGAAAGCCGUGACACGGUGGCGAAUUUUAACACUACCAUUUCGCCUUACAAUUUGGAAGACAUUGAGGCAGUCUUACGGGAGGAUGAACGGAACUCAUAUGUAGGUCCACCGGAUGUUACCAAAGGUACACCGAUACUUAUCAGCAGGCCCGAUAUAGGAGACAGCACAACCGACGAAUUACUCGCGUUCGUCGAACAAGACAAAUUUAGAACGGAAAGAAUAAAACGUCGUUACAACGAGGUUGAAGAUCAUUACUUUUCGAAAAUGCAUACUAUGAAUACCACCUACGGCGUGGACAACAGACCCGAGAGAAUUGCCGAUGGACGAAACGAACGCGAUGAUAGUCGGCAACUAUUCGAACCUGCGUACCACGAGGAUCUUACGAAUAGCAACCGCAACACUUACGAGAAUAAGAACCAUGGAGACGCUCAACGUGGUAUGGAUCACUACCGGUACGGCAGCAACAACGAUCAGAGAGACGAAAAGAACGAUGGUUUCGGAAAAAACGACGCGACAGCAAUUAUUCCAAGCAACGCCAAUCAUAAAAACGGCGAUGACCACAGCCACAAUGACGACAACGAAAACAACGACAACAACGACAACAACGACAACAACGACAAUAACGACCACAAUGACGACGACGACGACGACGACGUCGACGAUGACGAUGACGAUGAAUUGAAUGAUUACGGUUUUAAUCGUAGACCUUCGGUAACAGGUAUUAAACAACGUUUGCCAAACCGUACAUCGAUUGAAACUCUCCAUCGGACAGUUCCAGAAAAUGAUACUUCAAACAUGUCCAAGUCAAAUUUCCAUUCGUCACAGCCGACCUAUUACGAUAACAAUAGCGUCCAGGUUGACGGCCGAAUUGGAGUAUACGAUGAGACGACGCUCGACGACACCAACCCACGCUCUUUUAUCGGUAACUUGGCCACAGACGAACGCGACGCAAACACGAUUAACAGAAUCAACACGAUGCAAAAACAAAUUGAUGACAUUUAUCAAACUAUCGUUGAGAAUACCAACGUUAACGCGCCGACUUCGUUGGAACGUGGAUCUUAUACGGACGAUUCGUAUACGCGACAACACGCUCCGUUACCGCCAAACGAUGCCGCGUUUCAUUUUUAUCAGGAACAACGGAACGGCCAACAGUAUUUUCAAGAACAGUUGAACGCGGUUAACGCAAGACACACAAGAGGCGUCGCAGUUGGAGCCGAAGAAAUGGAUGGUAUUCUCACUACUAGAGAUUACUCCAUGAACAAUCUUGCAGCGAACGUUCGAAGAAGAGAAACACCGGCAGUUGUAGCGACUCUAUCCAAUUAUCGUUGCAACAUAAUACCCGCAAUGAAUAGCGAAUUGCCUCCGAACGGAAAGUGUUACCGGACCAUGUAUUUUGUUCCGUAUAACGGUCUAUCCGAUCCAACGUAUCAAAACAUUCAACGCAUUCUACCGGCUCAUCCAUCCGCUAGUUACGCGACCCAUAUCGAGAGGUAUCCUUACCCUCGAUCGAACAAAAACGACCAUCAAAUGCAAACUCGACCGCAAUCAGUGUCUACGUCUCAACAGCAAUUAAGAUAUUAUCAUGUUGGGAAUCGUUCACUCUCGCCGAUAUCGAAUUUCACGCAAGCCAAUAUUCCUCCCCUUCCUCCUGGCUCGGUGGGCGUACAUUCUAUGUCCACAGGAACGUCUUCUUCUUCUUCUUCUCCUCCUUUUGAUUCCCGACUCGCGCCGAUCUCAUCUUCUGAUCCUGUCACACUGCAACCAACGCAACAAGCCUUGCAUCUUCAUUUACAUCAACGUCAUCAGGCAUCGGAAGACUUUCGAAUAUCGGGCGCUGUUGUUUCUCCUGUUCCUCGUACCAUGAAUCAUUCGUUGCAGCAGCAACUUGAUCAUCAUCAUCAUCAUCAUCAUCAUCAUCAUCAUCAUCAUCAUCAUCAUCAUCGUCCUCCAAAUCAUCGACAUCACCAUCAACCUAUAUUUUAUCGUCUACCGCCAUCAACGUCCUCUAUAGCCGCGUCUUCUUCCUCGUCCCCUAGUACCGUGAUUGCGCCAUCGAAGUGUGCAACCCUCGCUGGCAGUGAACUUGUCAACGCUGAAAAUUCUUAUUGUUUCUAUCAAUUACAUUUGGGACGUACGAUUGUCACGCCAUCGUCCGAAUUGCAAUCGGCUCAAACAUUUUUGUCUUCUUCUACUUCUACGUCGAUUGCUUCUUGUGCCACUCCAUUUUCUCCGUCGCAAUCCUCGUAUUCAUCCUCCAUGUCUACUACACCCUAUUCCCCUUUCCCGACAAUUACGGGCAUAACAUCACAGCAGGCGUCUUCUCAGCUCGUGAUUCCAAAUCGCUUGUCCGAGAAUACACAUGGAAUUAUUCAAUCCGUUUCAACAUCUUGUAACGCUUCCUCUGCAUCUUCUUCGUUGUCGUCCUCCUCAUCUUCAUCAUCGUCUUCUUGUUCCUCGUCCUGUUCUUUCUCCUCUUCCUCGUCUUCAUGCUCGCCAUCAUCUUCUGUGCAAGUUCCUUCUUCUCCUUCGAAACAACAGCAACAACAACAACAACCACAAGUAAUCGGAACCUAUGCUGUAAUAGAACGCGGUGUUCCAGAAGGAGCAGCGAGCACGGCUUCUCAUGAUGUUUCGCAACCAGGAAUUUUACUUACGUCUAAUCCAUACGUGAUGCGAAACCCCAACGGUGUUACUUUACCGAAUCAUGUCCAAAAUUCAGUGUAUUAUGCAAUGAACGUUUAA